CACCGAAUUCUCCUCCAAUCAUAGGAGAAUGUCGCUCAGCGAUGACGUCAAGGGGCACUCGCGCCAUGUGGUGAUUGUAGAUGGACGCAGACACGAACUUUUCACUUUUUAAGUAAAUGAAUCUUCGAUUUUAGUUAGUGCAAUUAUGUCGUUCAGCUGCCGAAGACCGGAACAUAAAGCGCCUCCAGAAGUGAUCCAAACAGCCCAUCUACCUUACGGUGUGCUUAGCCUGCUUGAUGCUGCAUUUGAACCUGCAGACCAGCCUCUUCACCCUGUUUACCUGCUGGACUGAGAAGGAUGCCUUUGGCAUUUUUGGAGUGAACGUGUACAUGGCAGAGUAUUACAAUGAAGAAGAAGCCAGAAAGUACACCCAGAACUCUCGUAUGAUCGAGAUCCAGAGCCAGAUGUCGGAGAGAGCAGUGGAACUUCUCAGUUUGCCAGAGAAUCAGUCUUGCUUCUUGCUUGACAUUGGGUGUGGAUCAGGCCUGAGUGGAGACUACCUGUCUGAAGAAGGACACUACUGGGUUGGACUAGACAUCAGCACAGCAAUGCUGGAUGUUGCUCGGGAAAGAGAAGUCGAAGGUGAUCUUGUUUUGGCAGACAUGGGCCAUGGAGUGCCCUUUAGGGCUGGCACAUUCGAUGGCUGUAUCAGCAUAUCGGCACUUCAGUGGCUUUGUAAUGCAGACAAGAAGUCCCACAGUCCCCCCAGGCGGCUUUACCGGUUCUUCAGCACUCUUUAUUCCUCGCUGGCCCGUGGUUCUCGAGCAGUUUUUCAGAUCUACCCAGAAAAUUCAGACCAGCUGGAAUUGAUCACAUCACAAGCAAUGAAGGCGGGCUUCACUGGAGGCAUGGUGGUCGAUUAUCCAAACAGUGCUAAAGCCAAGAAGUUUUUUCUUUGCCUCUUUGUUGGAGUAUCAGGGGCAUUGCCAAAGGGGUUAGGCUCCGAAACUGUGGAAAAGGGGGUAGCUCAUCAGGCCAUGUUCACUGGAGAAAGAACGAGGUUUAAAAACCUGAAAGGGAAAUCCCUGAAGAAGAGCAAAGAUUGGAUUCUAGAGAAGAAAGAAAGACGGCGCAGGCAGGGGAGGGAGGUUCGCGCAGACACCAAAUACACUGGAAGACAGCGGAAGGCCCGGUUUUAAUGGACCCAGUUUAACAGCAGCAGACCGCCACGUAUCUCAGCCAGACGCUGCACUUAAUGUGUACGCCACCUACAAUCAAGAAGACUGUUGGCCUUCAUGUGACUGAAAGCCAAAAGGACGUUAGUAAAUAUGUACCAGACAACUGAAAGUUGUACAAGGUGCUUGUGUAGCUCAUUGAACACACAUGUAAAUGACCGGAGAGCCAUUGUUGUGUGUCUGCUGUGCCACUGCUGCUUUUCAGGAACUGCUCAACUGUCGUGCCAGCUAAACAUUACAGCGAAAUAACGGAGCGAGUCGGCAGCCAUUCUGUGUGAUCACGUUGUGCUCAGAGGCUGGCUGAACUCCUCUGGGUAACUGCUGGUUAAAGACGAAGGGGAGGCAGUAAAAGCGCCUGGGGGUCUGCACAACUCAAUGCUGGCUUUGCUAAGGGUCUCGCACACAUGAUUUAAUGUAAAAUGUGGGAUUUUGUUCCUAAAUGAAUAAAUGCUGUUCAAUUAAGGGUUGGA